GCUCUCAUGGCUCCAUUAAUGCUCCUGGUGUUACUUCUGUCUGCAGCAGCUUCUGACCUGAUUGAUGUAACAGUGCACCCUGGAGAUAAUGCAACUCUGCCAUGUCAGGCUGAUAAUUCCUCCAUCAGAGUUGCAGAGUGGACCAGACCUGACCUGAAGCCAGAUAUCGUCCUCUAUUACAGCGAUGAACACCUGGAUCCAACCGACCAGCAUCCAUCCUUUAAGGACAGGGUGGAGCUGGUGGACAGAGAUCUGAAGGACGGGAAUGUGUCUUUAACUCUGAAGAAUGUGAGCAGACACGAUGCUGGAACAUACGAGUGUCGAGUUGUAUCAGGUGGUUCACCUGAUGGUUCCUACAUCAGAGACUCUGAGCCAAUCAGAACCAUCCGUCUGCAGGUUAUAGAGCCAGCAGGUCCUGAGGAUAGAAACUCCUCUCCUGGAGGCCUCCUCGUUGGACUGGCAGCAGGAGUUACAGACCUAAAUGUAACAGUGCACCCUGGAGAUGAUGUCACUCUGCCAUGUCAGGCUGCUGAUUCCUCCAUCAGAGCUGAACAGUGGACCAGAGCUGACCUGAAGCCAGAUAUUGUCCUCUUAAACAGAGAUGGACACUUGAAUACAACCCACCAGCAUCCAUCCUUUAAGGACAGGGUGGAGCUGGUGGACAGAGAUCUGAAGGACGGGAACAUGUCUUUAACUCUGAAGAAUGUGAGCAGACACGACGCUGGAGAAUACAAGUGUCGAGUUAAAACCGAUGACUCUGACCAAAUCAGAACCAUCAGAAUCAUCAGUCUGCAGGUUAGAGACCCAGCAGAUUCUGGUGAUGGACCCUCCUCUCCUGUAGGCCUCAUCGUUGGACUGGCAGGUGUUCUGCUUCUUGUAGCUGUUGCAGUGGGUUGUGUCCUGAUAUAUAAAAUACAUAAGGACAAGAGAUCAGGACCAUCUGCUCAUUAUGCUGCUGGAACAUCGACCGUUCAGUUCGUCUGACAACUCCCAGAGCUCUUUACCCCUGACUGCUUUGUCAUGUGCUGUAUACAUUAGGGAUGCACUGAAUCCAGAUUUUUGGGGUUCGGCCGAAUACAGAAUCCACUGGUUAAGAUUCUGCCUAAUCGGAAACCGAAUCCUCCUCCCAGCCUCAGUCCAUUAACACAGUAAACGCACUAAGAAGUAAACGACGU